AUGGAAGAAAUCAAGCUUAAUAACGACAGCAACGAGAAAAUCACCAACAACAGCAGCAGCAGCAACGACAAUUCCAAUGGUUCUCACAGCUCCCAUCGCGAACCUGCUGAUGUCAUCUCUCCCUAUCUUGCUUCUUCCUCUUCCUCUUCCCUAAACAGAGACACAUCCUUCAUGAAGAUCAAAUCCUCGAUGGCACUUUCUGCUGUUCUUAACGCACCAUCUUCAGAUGCAAGAACCCCUCCAGACUCUAUAUCACAAACUUCUGAGAACUUUGUUUCUUCAGGGCUAUUCGAUAGCUUAAACGAUAUUCAACCUCUCCUAACUGGAGACGAUGAAAAUGGACACGAUGAGAACGGGGAAGAAGUCGAGGCGGAACAGGAACCUGCAUCGCCACCUGAGACUCCACCCGAGGAGAAGUAUUUAUCAAAUCACGAAUUACAUCAGCAGAGACUGAAAGAGACACUCGAGAAAGAGGCAGCUAGAUUGGAGGCGCAGAUAGCAUUGAAGAAUCAGAAGAGAGAAUGGAAGCUUCAACAGAAGCUGGCGAGACAACGUAAAUUUCAGGCGUUGGAGGAAGCUGUAGCUGCAAAGACAGCAGCAACGACAACAACGACAACAACAGCAACAGGAGAAGGAGAGGGAACAAAUACUGACAUUCCGACGAAUGCUCCGACAAAGACGUCAACGACAAAGACGUCACCGACAAAGCGAAAGUCAUCGCAUAGACUCGCUCAAUCUGAAUCUCCGGAACACAAGAAGGUAGUAGAUUCGAUUCGCGCUGAAGCGAAGGUUUCUGGGGAACCAGUAAAACCCCAACCGAUCAUUCGAGUGAAAUUUAAGCCGACACCAUCUCACGAGGAGCUCAAGUCUACGAGCACUAACAGUCUCCCCACGAAGAGGGGCAGAGGAAGACCGAGGAAGAUUGAUCCCAUCACUGGCGAACCCUAUGUUAAGAUUAUAGGGUCGCAACAGACAUAUGCUGAUGGAAACCCAGUCAUCAAAAUCCGAAAGAGUGUUAACGGAACACCCAUCAAGAUCAAAAAGCAGGAGACCCUUUUCCCUAGUGUGGAAAUUGGUCCACCACCUGCUAAGAUCCAUACCGAUGUCCCGACGAUAUCUGUCCACCCACCUGUUGUUCCUAAGGUUGCACCUGAAGGUGCACCUAAAUCUGCUCCUGCCGUUCCUACGGAGAACCGAGCACUGAAGAAGAGGAAGUCGGUUGAAGAACCGGCAUUCCAUCCGCACAUUCACAGGAAGCAGAAGAUCGUAACCACCAGCGAGGAAAGGGUCCCAAGACCCUUAAAACAUGAACACGGUCUUGGUUUGUCCAACCUUGGUGCGACGUGUUACAUCAACGUCGUUGUACAGAUGCUCGCGCACACGAAGUCCAUUCGGGACUACUUUCUCGCUUGUGACUUCGCGAAAACCCCGGCGAACUCGAAGAAGAAGGUGAAGGAGGCUCCAAAGCCUAAGAGCCAGUGUGUCCGAAGAACAAGAGCUUCGCAGAAGACUGCCGAGGUUCUUUUUCCGAAGUUAAAGGGAAAACUCGGAGAAGAACUCGGCAGUCUCGUCCGCGAGCUCUUGUUCGACGAGGACCUCGGUGGUAGAAAGACCGGGGUCGCGUCUGACCAGUUCUGGACCGCGCUCCGCGCAAACCUUGAGGCCGAAAAUGGUUCGGCCAUGGACCCCAACCUCGUGCAGGACGCCCACGAAUUCCUGCUCCUGAUCCUGCAGGCCCUGGCAAAGGAAGAGUCACCCGUCGUGGACGGGUAUACUCUUCCUGAGAUUAUCGAUAACACCUUCGGAGGUGUGCACUCGACCGUGUUCGAGUGCAACAACUGCCAUGAGACCACGAGGCACGAGGACAAGUGCAUGGAGCUCGAGGUUCCCAUCUGCAGGGUAAUUCCUGCAGAUGGGAGACUCGAGGACUCCAUGCUGUCCGAGCACCUCGAAAACUACACGCAGCCAGAGGAGCAGGAGUGGUCUCCUGACUCCUACGUCUCGGAGUCGGGGGAGAAGAAGCGGGCCUGCCCCAAAUGUGGGGUCAACAAUGGGCGGAGUAUGAGACAUUACAUCCGACCCAAGGGGGGGAACGUGGUGGUCGAGUUGAAGAGGUUUUUGUGGGAGGAGGGGGAGAACAAGAAGGUCCGGGGACACGUUGGGUUCCCCAUGCGGGACCUUGAUUUAAAGGUCUGCGCUGGGGAGGGGGGGGAGGUGGGCCACUACGACCUUUACGGCGUGGUGGUCCACCGAGGGGACAAGUCGACGACGGGGCAUUACAUUGCGUAUGCCAAGGAGGAGGGGGGGUGGUUGAGGUUUGACGAUUUGAGGGUGACGGGGGUGACGGAGGAGGAGGUGGCCCGUCAGGAGGCGUAUAUCCUGAUGUAUGAGAGGAAGGCGGGGGCCUCGGGUGUUUAA